AUGGAGGUUACAAAAUCCAUCCCAAUUCCAGAGCCCAAGGGCCUUCCUCUGUUGGGAAAUAUUCUGGAUGUUGAUUCAGAAGCACCGGAGAAAAGCUUCCAACGACUGGCGGAAACCUAUGGCCCGAUCUUUAGGCUGAACCUCGCCGGAGCGUCAAGAGUGUUCAUAAGCACUCACGAGCUCGUCGAUGAAAUUUGUGAUGAGGAACGAUUCACAAAGGUUGUGACCGCUGGAUUGAGAGAAAUUCGAAACGGCGUUCAAGAUGGUCUGUUUACUGCGGAUUAUCCUGGAGAGGAUAACUGGGCGAUCGCGCAUCGCGUCCUGGUUCCAGCUUUCGGGCCUUUGAUGAUUCGAGCCAUGUAUGAAGAUAUGUACGAUAUUGCAAGCCAGCUUGCUUUGAAGUGGGCACGGCAGGGGUCUUCUGCUACUAUAAUGGCCAAUGAUGACUUUACUCGCCUGACGCUGGACACUAUCGCGCUCUGUUCCAUGGGAACUAGGUUCAAUUCUUUUUACAGCGAAGAUUUACACCCUUUCAUCAAGGCAGUGGCUACGUUGCUGCAAGGAUCUUCCGAUAGGACUUUCCGUCCGACACUUCUUAACAGCCUGCCUACGAGGGAAAAUAAAAAAUACUGGAGUGAUAUCGGUCUUCUACGAACACUGUCUCAGGAGCUAGUUGAUGCACGGAGAAAUAGUCCAUUAGACAAGAAGGACCUGCUCAAUGCUCUCAUCCUUGGUCAAGACCUUCAGACUGGCCAGCAUCUCAGUGAUGACUCGAUCAUCAACAAUAUGAUAACAUUCCUUGUGGCAGGUCAUGAGACAACAUCUGCCACGCUGACAUUCCUUUUCUAUUAUCUGCUUAAAACCCCGCAUGCAUACCAAAGAGCACAGGAAGAAGUCGAUGCGGUAGUCGGCCAACGGAAGAUUACAGUGGAAGAUCUGUCAAAGUUGUCCUACAUUGCAGCCUCACUGAGAGAGACACUGCGGCUCCAGGCUCCAGUUCCUUUAAUCGCUUUUCAUCCACACCCUACUAAGAAUUAUGAAGAUCCCGUAACUUUAGGGAAGGGUAAGUAUGCUUUAAACAAGGGUGAGCCUGUGGUUCUUAUCAUGAGAAAGGUGCAUCGGGACCCGAAGGUCUAUGGUGAUGAUGCAGAGGAGUUUAAGCCAGAGAGAAUGCUGGAUGAAAAAUUUGAAGAACUCCCUAGGAAUGCCUGGAAGCCAUUUGGGAACGGUAUAAGAGGAUGCAUCGGCCGGCCAUUUGCUUGGCAAGAGAUGUUGCUCGUGGUGGCCAUGUUACUGCAGAGUUUCAAUUUUGAUAUGGAGAAUCUCAGCUACGAUCUUCGAAUCAAGCAGUCACUAUCAAUAAAGCCUGACGGCUUCCACAUGAAGGCCACGCUUCGAAGAGGUCUAGAUGCGGCCAAACUAGCGAACUUCUUGAACAGCGGCGGUGAUCUUUCUGAUGCUCCUCAGAUACUCAACGGGGAGAAUCAACCUAACACAGAUUUGCGAUCUCACAUGAAGCCUAUGCAUAUAUUCUUUGGCAGUAAUACGGGUACCUGUGAGGCCCUGGCUCGGAGGCUAGCUAAGGACUCUAUGGGAUACGGGUUUGUGGCCAAGGUCGAAAGUCUGAACUCAGCCAUGGAGAAUAUUCCCACAGAUAACCCUGUCAUCUUCAUUACCGCAUCGUACGAAGGACAGCCGCCUGAUAACGCCACCCAUUUCUUCGAAUGGCUGAACGGGCUAAGGAAAGCUGAGCUGGACGGAGUCACUUAUGCUGUAUUUGGAUGUGGGCAUCACGACUGGUCUGCCACGUUUCUUCGCAUACCAAAAGCUACCAAUGAUCUUGUAAAUAAGCACGGUGGAGUCCGCUUAUGCGACAUGGGCGUGGCUGAUGCAGCCAAUUCAGACAUGUUCUCCGAUUUUGAUACUUGGAGCGAGUUCACUCUCUGGCCGGCAAUCAAUUCGAAAUUUGGCCGUGUAUUCCCAGAUGGAGACGUACAAUCCAAGCCUGCCUUGCAGGUUGACAUUAGUUCGAGUAUGCGAGCUUCUACUUUGGGCCUUCAGUUGCAGGAAGGGUACGUGCUUGAAAACAGACUGCUCACAACACCUGACGUCCCAGCCAAGAGAAUGCUGCGAUUCAAACUACCACCCGAUACGACCUAUCAAUGUGGAGACUAUCUCAUUGUACUACCCGUAAACUCAACUCAAGUUGUCCGCCGCGCAAUCCGCCGCUUUAACAUAUCAUGGGACUCCAUGCUUACCGUCUGGAAGCCAUCGCAUGCUUCAGAUGGCAUCACGAACAUGCCCUUCGAGACGCCCCUCUCCGCCUUCGAGCUCUUUUCAACAUACGUAGAGCUAUCCCAGCCAGUAUCCAAACGAGACUUGAUCACCCUCGCAGAGGCAGCUACCCAAGAUACAGACGCCCAAGCAGAAUUACAGUCACUCGCCUCCAGCUCUAACCGCUUCACCGAAGAAGUCAUCCACAAUCGACUAAGCCCCCUCGACAUCCUCAUACGCUACCCCUCCAUCAAUAUACCACUGAGCACUUUCCUCGCAAUGUUGCCUCCCAUGCGAGUCCGCCAAUACUCAAUCUCAUCAUCCCCACUAGCUAACCCAUCAGAAUGCUCCAUCACAUUCUCAGUGCUAAACUCAUCCCACCUACCCACGGAGAACAAACGAUUCGUAGUAGUCGCGUCAACAUACCUCUCCGAACUCCAACCAGGAGACCGCGCCCAGAUCUCCAUCCGCGCCUCAAACAACAAAGGCUUCAAACCUCCCUUAAAAGAAGAAACAUCGAUGAUAAUGGCAUGCGCAGGAAGCGGUCUAGCCCCCUUCCGCGGCUUCAUCAUGGAUCGCACGGAAAAGAUCCGCAGACGACGCACCGAAGUACUUCUCGACGAUGACCAUCCCGAGAUAGGAAAACCAGCGAAAGCUAUACUAUACAUUGGCUGCCGCACCAAGGGCAAGGAUGAUAUCCACGCGUGCGAGCUAGACGAAUGGAGUCGUCAGGGAGCUGUCGACGUGCGAUGGGCAUAUAGUCGGCCGACUGAUGGAUCGCCAGGACGUCAUGUUCUGGAUCUGAUGUUUGAAGAUCGUAACGAGCUACUUGACUUGAUUGAUCAGGGAGCACGGAUCUAUGUGUGCGGCGGAAUGAGUGUCGGUCAUGGGAUUCGCCAGAUAUUCAAGGAUAUUUUUAUUGAGAGACGGCGUGAGGCACUGGAGAGUGGUUCCGAUGGGGAUGAGGACGUGGCUGCUGAGGAGUAUUUAGAUCGUUUGAAGACUGAAGAGAGAUAUGCUACGGAUGUGUUUACGUAG